AUUUGGAGGGGAAGUGAAUUUCGCAGGGGAAAUCUCAGCUGUCUGUCAAAAGUUUGGUGCUUGUCGUGAAAAUCUUUGGAAUCCCUAAUCGAGUGCUCAGGAUGAUGUCUUCAAGGGUGCUUCCGGCUUCUCUGCGACUGCUGCGUCCCUUUAGCCAGAGCGCCUCACCAUCGAGCUCCGGAAGCCAGGGAAAACCACCAUCACAGCCGGAUCCUCUGUCCAAAGUGUCCGGAUUGACAACAAACGUUGUUCUGAAGCCCGACGGAGGCAAGCCGGUGGGCCCUGGAGCGUCUCACAAUGCCGACUACAAGGUGCCAGAGUACUUCCUGUACGGGAGACACAGCUACCACGAAGCGGAGAUUGAGCUGGCGCCCUUCCGGUGUCCUCAGCCUUCUGCCCUGAAGAAGUAACUUAGGUGAAUGAUUUCAUGUACAUUAUGUAGUUGGAAAUAACACGAUGAGUCCUGGCAAGCAGGGUGUUUGACUGCUGGGCGA